UAAAUGUGGGGCCCCGAUGAUGCGGCGCAUUCGAUCCGUUUGCCGCAGACUCAGUGACUCACAACCAUGCCCAGCAUCGCCAGCAGCAUCUCGUCCCAGCGCCGGAUCUCCAGCCGGGUGGUACCCAGCUUCUCCAGCAGAUCUGUCCACAGCAGCAGCUCCUGGAGCCGGGGCCCCUCCAGCUCCAGGAGCUCGAUGAGCCUCCUGGGCAGCUCCCUGAGAGCGGCCGCUGCCUCCGGCACCGUGGGUUCCAGCGAGAAGCAGACCAUGCAGGGUCUUAACUCCCGCCUGGCACUCUACCUGGAGAAUGUCAGCUCCCUGGAGAACAGCAACCGGGAGCUGGAGCUCAAGAUCAAAGCGUUGCUCGAAGAGAAAAAAACUGUUGCCAGGGACAUCAACCCAAUGUUAGCACAGGCGCAUGCCCUGAAUAAACAGAUCCAGGAUUUUACAAUGAAAAAUGCUGUACUGAUACUACAAAUAGACAACGCAAGGCUCAGUGCUGAAGACUUCAAAAUGAAGACGGAGUCUGAAGCGUCCGUUCGGCAAACUGUGGAGAAUGACAUCGACCGCCUGAGGCGCAUCAAGAUGGAAUACGACGAUAACGGCAUCAGCCUGAGAAACGAAGGGGAGAUGCUCACUGAGGAACUUCUCUUCCUGAAAAAGAAUCACCAGGAGGAAGUGAAUGCCCUCAAAUCACAGAUUAGCAAUAAUAAUAUCACAGUGGAGACGGACUGUGUGACUCAAACUGAUCUUACUAAGCGUCUUGAAGAAAUCAGAAAGAAUUAUGAGGAAAUAGUGAACCAAAACAAAAAAGACACAGAAUUGUGGUUCAAGUCCCAGAUGGAAACUAUCACCGCUGCAGUACAGCAGACUGACAAAGAGAUUGAAGCAGUCAAGGCAGAACUCAAUAAUAAUCGACACAUAGUACAAUCCCUGGAGAUAGAGCUUGAAACCCUAAGGAAACAGAAUAUGGGACUGGAAAAUAUAUUGCUGGACACUGAGCAAAGAUAUGAUGUGGACUUCAAUAAGAUGCAAACAAUUACCUCCAAAUUGGAAGGCGAUUUGUUCAAUAUGCAUAAUGAUAUGAUGCUGAACAAGGAAAAAUAUGAUUCUCUUAUGCAAGCUAAACUGACUCUGGAUGCAGAGCUUGCUGAGUACAGGCGUUUACUUAAUGGGGAAACAAGAAAGGUUGUUCAUGUUCCUCCUCCACGUUCACCCUCUCCUCCUCCUGAAGUCACAACAAGAAAAAUUGUCAAAGUCAUCACAACUACAUUAGUUGAUGGCAAGGUGGUUGAUGAAUCAAGUGAAGUUGAAGAAAUUAGUGAGAAAAAGCAUGUGGAAAAAAUCUCUUCAAUGUAUUGUCAAUGAACUAGUGAAAUAUUAUGCAUUAUAAGGAAACUCUUAUUGGGUAUAAUGGGUAUUUGAAGCAAUGAACUACUAUGGUAACCUUGUAUAAAGUAAUUGAACUUUCUACUAAUUAUAUAAUUAUGUAAUUAUAUUCAAUUACAUAAUGUCUAAUAAAAGUCAUAUCGCACGUC